GUUUCCGUUCUUUUGUUUUAUAGUUCUAGCCUACAUAUCAGUACUGUGGGCUGGUUUAUUUCACUCCUGUUUGGAAAUGUGGGCCGUGACAACCCGUGAACACACGCCAGCUGCUGUUAUCUCUCACCUCGAGUCAGCUGUACGGGAGAGGCUCACAGAAACAAUGAAAACUAAACAGACCAGAGAUCAGCGCCCUUCACCGCCUCCAAGACACACUUGAGGAGGUUAUUAGAAAAAAGCCCUGCGGGCCUUUCAGAUCCUUUUACCGCGGAGAGUGAGCGCCCUGUUCGUUACAGUAUGGGAUGACCGCUGUGUGCUUGAGGGGACACGGACAGACACGGACUAUUUGGACGGGCAUUCAAGUGGUUUUCUGAAAAGGAAUCCUGGCGAGUGUAUUGUAGGCUACGUACGUUACAUACAAACCCAAAGGAAGUUGCGAGCGAAGACUACGUCAGGUUGUGCAUCAGUUGGAGUGGCGCUCAAUGAUUUCUAAACACCAUUCACGACCUGGCUGUACCAGCAGCCUGCUGCUAGACGAAGAGGCAGUGGUUGAGAAAUAGUACUUAAACAGGUGUUGAGAAUAUUUUAAGGAAGCCACCGCACUUUUGGGCGUGUCCGUGCGCAGCCCUCCCCGGCUUUGUUUCUUUGGUCUGUGCCGUCUGUCUCACCAUGGACACCCUGCCGUGCAGUGAAAGGGCCAGCGCCUCUCAGUCAGCACAGAUAUCAUCACGUCAGAGGUGCCACUUGCUGUCUUUAACCCUGUGUCACUGACUGUUAGGGGAAACGGUAAAGUGUAAAUUCCUCCAACCUUGACCAAAGGAGCCAUGCGUCCACUGCUGUCCCUCGGCGUCUUGUGGCUGCUGCCCCUGGCCUCGAUAAUGGUGGACCACUCACCACUGGACUGUGCUCCCCGCAGAUCUGUGCCCUAUCACAAGGACAACGCUCAUCAGUUUCGUGAGGAGGGUGUGUUCAACUAUUCCACCAUGCUACUGAGAGAAGACCUCGACCUGCUGGUGCUGGGUGCCAGGGAGGCAGUGUACGCUCUUGACCUUAACAACAUCUCCAAGAAACUUGCUUCAGUGAAAUGGGAAGUGACGCGGCAGCAAAUAACUGACUGUAAAAACAAAGGAAAAGAUCCUGAGAUGGACUGCAAGAACUAUAUAAGGACCCUGCAUAAGAUGAAGGAUAACAGGAUGUAUGUGUGUGGGACCAAUGCUUUUGAUCCAGUGUGUGAUUACAUGUCGUAUGCAGAUGGAACGCUGAGUCUUGAGAAGAAAGGAGAGGAUGGCAAGGGGAAGUGUCCAUUUGAUCCUUUCCAGAGAUAUGCCUCCAUCAUGGUUGAUGAUAACUUGUACUCAGCCACUUCAAUGAACUUCCUGGGCUCUGAACCCAUCAUGUUGCGCAGCUCUCGUGUCCCCAUACGCACAGAGUUCAAGAGUUCCUGGCUUAAUGAGCCCAACUUUGUUUCCAUGGCUCAGAUGUCAGAAAGUGAGAAAAGCCAAGAGGGAGAUGAUGACAAGGUUUACCUGUUCUUCAGUGAGACAGCUGUGGAGUAUGACUGCUACAACAAGCUGGUGGUCUCCCGUGUGGCUCGCGUCUGCAAGGGUGACCUUGGAGGUCUGAGGACUUUGCAGAAGAAGUGGACAUCCUUCCUAAAGGCCAGACUGGACUGUCCAGUGCUGGAGCCCCAACUGCCAUACAUUAUCCAGGAUGCUUACCGAUGGUGUGAUCCCCAGCAGCAAUGGAAGGACUGCUUGUUCUACGCCAUCUUCACGCCGCAGUUGGACACAUUAAAGCUGUCUGCCGUGUGUGCGUACCGUGUGUCUGACAUCAGCAGAGUGUUUGCAGAAGGGAAGUACAAAUCCCCAGUCACCGUAGAAACCUCUUUUGUUAAGUGGGUGAUGCACAGUGGCGAUAUCCCCGUCCCCCGCCCCGGAGCUUGUAUAAACAAUCAGGCUCGUAAACUGGGGAUAACUCAGACUCUGGACCUCCCAGACCGGACCCUGCAGUUUAUCAAAGAUAAGCCCCUCAUGGACCAAGCUAUUCAGCCAAUAGGAGAGAAGCCUCUGCUGGUGCGAAGGGGAGCCACAUUUACAGGCAUCGUAGUCAACCAAGUGCAGGCUGCGGAUGGCGAGAAGCACCACGUGAUGUUUAUAGGCACAGCGGAGGGCACUGUGCUGAAAGCUGUGAACUAUGAUGGAGAAAUGUUCAUCAUAGAGGAAAUACAAGUUUUCCAGCCUCCAAAGCCGAUCAAGAUUCUGAAAACUUCAAAUGUCAAGGGUCAGCUCUAUGCAGGCUCAGACUAUGGGGCAGCACAGAUACCACUGGCCACCUGUGAGAGGUCCUUGUCCUGUGCAGACUGCGUUCUUGCCAGAGACCCAUACUGUGGCUGGGACAAAGUUGUUGGCAAGUGUAUUGUCCUCUCUAAUUCACAAAGAGAACUAAUCCAAAGUGUGAAAGGAGGAGAUGCUUCUCUUUGCCCAGAUGCUGAUCCUGUUACACCCAUGAACCGGUCUGUCUGGCUGGGUGCCAAACUGAAUCUCAGUUGCCCUUCACCUUCUAACCUGGCAAAGACUAUAUGGGAACUGGACAACCGUCCUCUGUCAACUUCAGCUCGCCUUCAGCUACUACAAGAUGGACUGAUUAUCUUCAAUGCUUUAAACACAGAUGCUGGACUGUACCGCUGUCUGUCAGUGGAGCACUCCAAAACUGCCACGUACACAACCACUGUAGCAAAGUACCAGGUCAGAGUAGCCCAAGCAGGCUCCGGCAAGAGCGGUGGGACAGUGUCUCCCCGGGUUCAUGAUGGCCCCUCUGUGGUUGGACUGCAGGUUGUAGUUGGGCUGCUUGUAGUUUCCUUUUUUGCCCUUGUGGCCUGGAACGUUUACAAAGGCCACUUACCUCUGCCCUGUGUAAAGAAAAAUGGAGAACAAUCCCAGGGGACCCAAAAGGAGAGGGGUCAGAACUCUGCUCUUAUCUACCGAGAGACACCGAGGCCUGCGCUCGCAGAGGACAAACCCCUGGUCUCAGGAAGAGAUGGCGGCAGCGGUAAUAACAACCACACCAGAGGAGAAGCAGCAGUCAGUGUUGCAGAGGAGAAUGAGCCAGAAGUUAACCUGCCAUCUCUACAGUUCAUUGAUGAUGAGUCAGAAAUUUGAACACGACGGGCAC